AAUGCGUCAAUAUGGCACCGAGAAAGCAUGGAAAAGGACACCUGAAAAGAAAAUCAAAAUCAAAACAUUCUCAAUUAUCUAAGCGGGAAAGAAAGGAAAUAAAAGAAUAUGGCGAAAUCGAUCCUCUCAACAAUGGCCAUGGAAUUGGUUCAAGAGCACAGUUUACAAAGAUGGCUGAUGUUGAAGAUCAUAAGCUACAGGAAUCAGACUCGUCAGAUUCUUCAGAAGAGGAAGUUGAUGCCUACCAACAGCUUUUAGCAUCUGUCCACGGAAAAUCACAGAACAUCGUAGGAGCAGAGUCUGAUGAGGAUGAGCAAGAAGAAGAGGAGGAGAUCAAUGGAGAGGAUGAUGUAAGCAGUAGGAGUGAUGAGGAGGAGGAGGAAGAGAUGAAAGAUGAUGGAGAGGAAAAGGAAGAACAAAGAGAGGUUGAAAACGAAAGUAGUGAAGCAGAAAGUGAAAAUAGUGGAGCAGAAAAUGAAGAAAAUGAGGAUAAUGAGGAAGGAGAUGAGAUCAUAGAGAAAGAAGAAGACAAAGAGGAUUAUGUUGUCAAGGAGUCAGAUCCCUUCAGUGUACAUUUUGAAACAGACUUGUCAGAGAAGUUUGCUGAAGGCUUGAGUAACAAAGAAAACUGGAAAAGUGAAGAGAUCAAGGUGAAGAAUCUUGGCCAUGGAUCAUUCACAAGUCCAAAGGACCACAGUUAUUUGGAAAAAAUGAAAUCUCUUGAUAGUGAAAAAGACCUAAAAUGUCUUUAUGUAAAACACAAGCUUGCAGAAGGUGUUGAAAAUGCAAAUAGAAAGCUAUGCAAAGUUGAUAGUUUGGGAAAUGGAGCACCAUUAACUCCCUUCCAGUUCUCACUUUUCCGAGUCUUGAAUAAAUACCAGGAUGUAUACUAUCCAGAACGAAGCCAUAAAAAUGGAGAAGAAAUACGCCUUGUUUACUGUCUGCAUGCCUUGAAUCAUGUCUUGAAAACCAGAAGUCGAAUCAUCACACACAACACCAGAAUUAAAGCAAAACAACAAAUUACGGGUUUAGAGGAGUAUCGAGACCAGGGCCUGACUCGCCCCAAGGUUUUAAUCGUCCUUCCCUUCCGAGACUCCGCCCUCAAAGUUGUAAACCUCAUGAUGAAGCUGUUGAUGUCGUCAGACCAGAGUCUGGUCAGCAAUAAGAAAAGAUUUCUAACAGAGUACAGUGAAGAGGAUAUACCAGAGAAGAAAGUUCCUAAACCAGAAGACUUUGAAGCCACAUUUGCAGGAAAUAUAGAUGACCAUUUUAGGAUAGGACUUGGAGUGGCAAAGAAAACCUUAAAGCUUUACACCAAAUUCUAUGCCUCGGACAUUGUGUUGGCUUCACCUCUUGGACUGAGAACCAUAAUAGGAGUGGAGGGGGAAAAGGAGAGAGAUUAUGACUUUUUAAAUUCCAUAGAACUUCUGAUAUUGGACCAGGCUGACAUUUUUCUGAUGCAAAACUGGGAACACAUUACAAAUUUGAUGUCACAUCUCCACCUUCAGCCACAGGAGGCCCACGGUGCUGAUUUCUCACGUGUCAGGAUGUGGACGCUUAAUGGAUGGUCUAAAUACUACAGGCAGACUCUGAUAUUUAGUUCCCUCGCCACUCCAGAACUCAAUUCUCUCUUCAACAAACACUGCUGCAAUUAUGCGGGCAAGUUAUCUGUUAACAGAAAGGAAACUAAAGGCACCAUAUGCCACAUAGUCACCCAGCUACCUCAGGUAUUCCAUAAAUUACCUGCUUCCUCUUAUUCAGAACUGGCAGAUGUCAGAUUUGACUUCUUUCUUAAGAAGAUACUGCCCACUCAGAAGGACGCGGUGAUGUCUCAGACUCUUAUCUUUAUUUCUUCUUACUUUGAUUAUGUCAGAAUACGCAAUCACUUUGUACGGGAGGAUUUGGAAUUUGCCCAAAUUAAUGAAUAUUCCAGUACGAAAACAAUAACCCGAUCAAGAAGUGAAUUUUAUCACGGAAAGGUGCACUUCCUGUUGUACACAGAAAGGAUUCAUUUUUAUAGAAGAUUAAAAUUGAGGGGGGUCCGUCAUAUCGUAUUUUACGAGCUUCCAAGGUAUCCACACUUCUACAGUGAAAUGUGUAACAUGCUACAAGACACUCGCAGACAGACAGACAAGGAGAAUAUGACUUGUACGGUCCUGUACUCUGGCUUUGAUGCACACAGACUGGCAGAUAUUGUUGGUAUGGAUAGAGCAAGUCGAAUGAUCAACUCAGCAAAGAAGACACACAUGUUUGUAACAGGCGAGGACUCUUAACUGUGGU